AUGGCCGACACAGAAGUAGGUGCAAGGCGCGUGAAGAUCAAGCCUCAGGACAAAGGCUUGGGUUUCGACGGCACACAUGUCGAGCGCUUUCUAGCGGACUAUCAGCUGGCCGCAGACUUGGAAGGCGCGUCGGAGUUCGACAUGGCGCAGCAAGUCACCACAGCACGUUUCACUUUGCCGGAUUUAGAGGCCUUGGCUCAGUCGUGGAUUGCUAAGGGCGGGGUCUCGUCUGUGGUGGACUAUCAGGACUUUUGGCGUGUCUGGGAGCCGAUACAAUCCUAUCUUCUUCGCAAAGCCCAUAUCGAUUCGGUGGAAGAAAUUCGGUCUCUCUACUAUCGAUUGCUGUCAAAUGGAGUCCAGGAGCGCGUUAGAGAUCAACUUAUCAAGGCCAACACUAUGAUCACUACCCUUGAUAACCGAUUUAAGCUUCCUACGUUUGAGAUCUUGAAGACCGCGGUCGCGGAGGUUAUGAAAGGCCAAACGGCUUUGACUUUUGAAGGCGCAAGGACUUCUUCACCUGUUCCCGCAGGUCCUUUUCAGCAGGCCAACGACGUCAUGCGGAAGAUUGAGCAAGAUCGCCGCCCUAAAGCGCCCGCCGCGUCAGAGAAGCCACCCGCUACCAUCGACGACAUCUCCCAGAUGCUGCAAUCUUUUGAGCAGCGCUUGGAGAAGAAAUUCGGUGCUCAGUCUCCCCAGUCCUCUGCCAAGGUACCGCCGGCGGAGCGCGGUCCUUUGGUUUGCUACUACUGUCACCGUGAAGGGCACGGUACCGGACGAUGUUUCGAGCUGAAGAAGGAUAAAGAGGCCAACCUGGUGGAACAGAAAGGCAAUAAUUUCUUCCUGCCCAACGGGGCUCUUAUUCCUUUUGAUUCUUCGCGGCCAAUUCGACAUGUGGUCGCGUCGUUUCCCUCUCAACCUUUGGCUAGCGUCGCCACUCCUGAAUUUCGAGCGGCGUGUGGCUCUCUAGAUCCUUGCUUUUCUGGAACCUACGAGGCGGAUCCUGCGCGGCGCAAGCACGAAGCGCCUAAGCCGCAUAAGGCACCAAUAGUUCCGCCCUCGGCGGCUCGACGUCCUGCCAAGAAAACAUCAGCACGUGAUUUGGAUUCAGGCGAGGAGGGAUCAGACAUGGAGACCGAGCUCUUUGAACGUACUCCGGCCGCCCCAUCUUUUGAUCCAGCUCCCGAAGAGCAGGCGGGGCCAGAUCAACCGGCCAAGCCAGCAUCAGUUUCUCCAAAAGUCCGGUUCGAGCGUGGGAUCGCCAAGGACCACCCCAACGCCGUCGAGGGCGUACUGAAGAAGAUUUCUGGUCUCAAAGUCCCGGAUUUGUCUGUCUCGGAGCUUCUAACGAACUCCAAGUUCGAAGUUCGUGACAUUUCCAGUCCUCUACAGCUCAUAACACUAUCCCCCCUUUAA